AUGGCGCACAUCACUCCUGGGGUGGCUACCGGAGCUUCUCUGGUGUGUAAAUGGCCACUCGGGCUGACUCUCAACACCCUGAUCGCCUUCCUCGCAACCCUGGCUCGAGCCGCCUUCGUGAUUCCCGUUUCCGAAAGCAUUUCUCAGUUGAAGUGGCUCUGGUAUCGCGACGAACGGCCUCUGAAAGACUUUCAGGACUUCGACUCGGCUAGUCGAGGACCGUGGGGGAGCUUGCAGUUGUUGAAGACUACCAAGGGCUGCAUUAUCUCAACAGUGGUCUUCGUCACGGCGAUUUUCACGUCGACCUUGACGCAGUCCGCCGUGACCUACCCUGUUCGCCUCGCACGCGUCGACGGAACCGCCGUCGUAGCUCGUUCGACUUCCUUCUACUUCAGUACCGCCAACUUAUUUUCCGGGAUCAAUCAGCAGCACUACACUGAGCAAUCCAUCUUCGAGGGUUUGAGCUACAGCCACACCCAAGAGUUCCCGCUCAGUCCGGCACGCUGCCCCACAAGCGAGUGCAAGUGGGAGGCAUACAGUUCACUGAGCGUCUGCGCCAAGUUCUGGAACGUCACUGAUUCACUCAACACCACAGUCACGCAGAGUCCCACCCCACCACCGUCACGCUUUGCAUCGCUUCCUAACGGAAUAUCCGCCAACCUGAGUGGCUAUCACCAAGGGAAGGUUGUAUUGCAAGGCACAAGGCGACCCAUCGCCUCCGACAUUAAUCCUGAGUCGUCCCUCUUCAAUUUCACCGUCAUAUACUCGCUUCUGGGCGGUGCCAACGAGGCGAUCGGUGCCGCAGAGGCAGUGCUCUACUUUUGCACCAAGACGUAUAAUCUCUCUUUUGCCGGCAACAUCGAGUUGAGGGAGGUUAUUGGCGUUACGACAGACGUGGAGCAGGGGUCGGUGGAAUUGCCCGCCGGCCAGGGACGGCGCGAGUUGCCAGCCAUCAGGGAUCCCCUGGAGCCUGGUUCCAACUUCCCGUUCGGUGGGACGGGGCUUGGGUCGAUGCAGGAGAGCUUGGCGUAUGCCCUCAACGGCUCCUAUGCGGACAUGAGUGGCGACCAGAGCACCCUCGCCUUGGCACCGGCUCGGUAUUGGGCUGCGUUGCAGUAUGGAGCCAAAACUCUCGAGGAUCUGGGGCGGCCGAAUGUCUCGCAAGAAACCGUAAUCAACGAAUCGAUAGCGAAUAUCACGAACAACAUUGCGAGAAGCUUGUCGAAUCGGUAA